GGCGCUGUUACUCUCCUUUGGGCUCUAUAGUCAGAGAGAGAGAGAGAGGGAGAGAGAGGGAGAAGGAGAGAGGAUCAGCACUGAGAGCUGGAGGGCAAAAUAAAAGCCAUUGGAAAAAAAAUGAAGAGCCCUGGAAUUCAAUCCCAUCUUCCAAUCUAGGUGACAUUUAGAUGGCCUUUAAGGGCAGGAUUGCAGGCACUAAGACGGUGAUCUUGAACCUGCUCUUAUGUUUGCUGAUUUUCUACACCCUCUAUUACAUGAUUGGGAGUGUCUGCUUUGGUGCUUUCAGACUUGAUUCAUUUGAUGGGUUAAUUCCGUUUGACUUUAAAACACAAGCCACAAAGUCCAGUUCUAAAUACCUAGUGAACCUGCUGUCUAUGGAGUUGACCUACUUUGCGAGUGGUUUGGCAUUUGUUCCAGUGGUUAAGAACUGGGUGUGGGAUUACGCAAUCACAGUUACUCUUAUCCACAUCCUACUGAGCUCAGCAGUGAUGGCUGAAUUCCCUCUUGUCUGGCAAUGGUGGAUUGCUCUGGGUUUGGGCUUACUGUUGAUGAUAGGUAAUGGCCAUUUAAUUGCACACUUCAUUUGCCAGAAAGACCCGAGUUAUCCCUCAAACAGCUUCUGAGAGAACAGAUCAAGCCAAUUUCAAGCUUGGCAGCAAGAACGAAAGCAUCGCGACUUUAAAUCAUACGGACAAAUUAUAUUAUAUCUGGAACAAUUUUAUAAAGGGUGGAAUCAAAAAUAAAAAGACUCCGGUGCGCCCUUCUUUGGAAAAUAAUCGCUUUGUAAUUCUAUUAACCUCUCCAGUUACCAGACAAGCUGGAAAUUGUGGACCUUAUGAGUGAGACUGCCC